AUGGCCGUCCAAAAGCUCAUGAUCACACCCCUUUUGGUCUUGCUCAUGAGCUUCAACUACCAUGCAUUCGUUGAAUCUCAUGAGUGGCCAUAUCCACCAUAUAACGGAGGAGUUAAAGCUGCGUAUUGGUCUUCAGGUGAUGACUUUUCACCCUCUUCCAUUGAAACCAAUUACUUCACUCACAUCUACUACGCCUUCAUCGAACCUGACCCAGAAUCUUUCAACCUCAAUGUCACCGACUCCGAUAAAAAAUGGAUACCAGAGUUCAUAAACGGGCUCCGAAACCGUUACCCACCAGUGAAAACUCUGUUGUCCAUUGGAGGAGGUGGUUUCAAUGCAACAGUGUUCUCUGCCAUGGCCAGCAACAACCAAACCCGAGAAAUGUUCAUAAACUCAACAAUCCACGUGGCACGCGAAUACGGUUUCAACGGUCUUGACUUGGAUUGGGAGUACCCAGCAGAUGAAAAAGACAUGUCUAACCUUGCUCUCUUAUACAAAGAAUGGCACCAAGCUUUGGUUGUCGAAUCUCGGAUUCUCAGAAAACCACGUUUGCUUUUGACUUCUGCGGUGUACUACGCCUCCACAAUAGUGAAUAUUGGUGAUGGGCCUAGAUCGUACCCGGCCCAAUCCAUUCGAGAAUAUUUGGAUUGGGUUAGUCCUAUGUGUUUUGACUUUCAUGGUAAAUGGGAAAAUUUUACUGGCUUUAAUGCUGCAUUAUAUGAUCUUAAAUCUAAUAUAAGCACCCUUUAUGGUAUCGGAUCUUGGAUCGAAUCGGGUGUACCGCCCGAAAAGCUGGUCAUUGGUUUGCCGUUAUACGGGCAUGCAUGGGAGCUCCAAGAUCCGAAUGUUUAUGGGGUUGGGGCACCAGCCGUUGGUCCGGCUAUUGGUACGAAUGGUAUUUUGGACUAUGAUGAAAUCUUGGAGUUUAACAAAGAGAAUGGUGCCAAGAUUGUGUAUGAUGGGUUAGCUGUGUCUUUCUACUCUUAUGCGGGCACUACUUGGAUCGGGUAUGAUGAUGGACCAUCCAUAACAAAGAAGGUCCAAUUUGCUCGGUCACUGUGCUUGAAGGGCUAUUUCUUCUGGGCCCUUGGGAUGGACAAGGAUUGGGCCAUCUCUAGACAAGCUUCAAAUGCAUGGGGACGCUGA